CCGUCAGGUUCCUUUCCUUCGUCCCCAGUCUGCCAUGCCUCAGAACGAGUAUAUCGAGGAGCACAUCAAGCGACAUGGUCGCCGGUUAGAUUACUUUGAACGGAAGCGCAAGCGUGAGGCUCGUUCCGUUCAUCGCGCAUCUGCAACCGCCCAAAAGGCCUUCGGUCUGAAGGCGAAGAUCCUCCACGCCAAGCGCCAUGCCGAGAAGGUGCAGAUGAAGAAGACUCUCAAGGCUCACGACGAGCGCAACGCCAAGCAGAAGGACUCCUCGUCCGCCCCUGAGGGCGCCCUGCCGACGUACCUGCUCGACCGUGAAGGUCAGAAGGAUGCGAAGGCGCUGUCGACCGCGAUCAAGGAGAAGCGGAAAGACAAGGCUGCCAAGUAUGCGGUCCCAUUGCCGAAGGUCAGGGGGAUUGCGGAGGACGAGGCGUUCAAGGUGAUGCGGACGGGGAAGAGCAAAAAGAAGGCGUGGAAGCGGAUGGUGACGAAAGCGACGUUCGUUGGCGAGGGCUUCACCCGUAAACCGGUGAAGAUGGAGAGGUUCAUUCGUCCUAUGGCAUUGCGGUACAAGAAGGCAAAUGUCACGCAUCCCGACCUCAAAGCAACGUUCCAACUGCAGAUUCUUGGUGUCAAGAAAAACCCUCAGUCCCCUAUGUACACUCAACUCGGUGUGCUUACCAAGGGUACCAUCAUCGAGGUCAACGUCUCCGAACUUGGCAUGGUCACCGCUGGCGGAAAGGUUGUGUUUGGCAAAUACGCGCAGAUCACGAACAAUCCCGAAAAUGACGGCUGCAUCAAUGCCGUACUUCUCGUGUAAUGACCUCCUCGGUAAAGCAUCCACGCCUCGCCUCGGUCACAGUACAGUAGCUUUCGUUUUGCUCAUCGCAUUCUAUGGUCAUAUGUAGCAUCUUGUAAUAACACGGUUGACCUUAUGGAUUUAGUUUCCUACAGUCAUAUAGUG